AUCACACAAACCAUAUCUUAUAAAUUCCCAUCAUAUGCUAUACUGUAUUAUGCUGGUCCUCAGCAAUUCUUUGCAUGAUUUCUUAUUCAACAUAACUAAACUAACGGAAUGUAUCCCCAACUUCGACCUUCCUCUUCCAUUUCUGUUAAUUCGGUUUCGAAAGCUUGCUUCCUUUUGUGUCUCUUCAUCUUACAUGGAGCUGAAGCCGCCACCAAUAGCAGCGACAAAAUCACAUCCAUCGGUGCAAUCAUUGAUGUCAGCUCUCGUAUUGGCAAAGAAGAGAAAACUGCCAUGGAAAUCGCAGUUCAAAACUUCAACAACAACUCCUUAGACAACAAACUAGAACUUUUCGUCAUGGACUCCGCGGGAGGAGGACCCCUCAAAGCUGCUUUUGCAGCUGAGGAUCUGAUUAAACAGAACAAAGUGAAGGUGAUUAUUGGGAUGGAGACAUGGGAGCAAGCAGUUCUAGUGGCUGAUAUUGGAAGUGAAGCACAAAUUCCGGUUAUUUCUCUGGCUUCAGCAGCCACAACACCACCAUUAAUGCCGAUUCGAUGGCCUUACUUGGUAAGAAUGGUUGGAGAUGGUGUUGAACAAAUGAGAUGUAUUGCAUCCAUUGUUCAUUCCUACAACUGGAGAAGAGUAGUGGUUAUAUAUGAAGACGACGUAUAUGGUGGUAGUUCUGGCAAGCUAGAUCUUUUAUCUGAGGCACUACGAAAAAAUGGUUCAGAGAUCGAGUAUCGGUUGGUUCUUCCACCAUUUUCUUUACUGUCGAAUCCAAAAGAAGCUAUACAGGAAGAGCUAAUCAAGCUAAUGGAGAUGAAGGUGCAAUCUCGGGUUUUUAUAGUUCUUCAGGCAUCAUUGCCUGCAACAACUCAUUUGUUUGAAGAAGCCAAGAAGAAGGAGCUCGUAGGGAUAGACUCGGCGUGGAUAGUCGCAGACACUAUUACAGAUUUACUUGACUCUGUUGACAGUUCUGUUAUAUCAUCCAUGGAAGGUGCUUUAGGAAUCAAGACUUCUUAUGAUGACAAUAGUACCUCUUACAAAAACUUGAGGACUCAAUUCCGGAAAACUUUCUGGGGCAAUUAUCCGGAAGAAGAAGAUUUUCAGCUAGGAAUUCAUGCUUUAAGAGCUUAUGAUAGCAUUUCUACUGUUGCAGAGGCCGUGAAGAGAAUGACCAACUCUACUAGUCCAAAAAUGUUCUUAGAAACUAUUUUGUCAACCAAUUUCGCCGGUUUGAGUGGCAAAAUAAAUUUCAGUUCCGGCCAGCUAUCUUAUAUUCCGGAGUUGAAGAUUGUAAAUGUGGUUGGAAAGAAAUAUAAGGAACUAGACUUCUGGGUACCCAAAUUAGGGUUUUCGAACAAUGGAACUCUGGUCAUAGUGGGAAAUGGUGAAGCUCCUAAUCGGACAGGAGGUUUGGCAGGUCCAGUGAUUUGGCCAGGGAAUCCACAACGCUCUCCGAAAGGAUGGGCUAUGCCUACUGAUGUGAAGCCUUUGAGGAUUGGAGUACCAAAUAGAACCUCAUUUAAUAAAUUUGUGAGCACUAGUCAUGAAUCAGGGGAGACAAAAUAUGAUGGUUUCUGCAUUAAAUUAUUCGAGCAGGUGAUUGGUGAACUACCAUAUGAGUUUGUGACUCACAAUGGAACAUAUGAUGAACUAGUUCUUGAUGUCUAUAACAAGAAAUAUGAUGCUGCUGUUGGUGACAUAACCAUAUUGGCGAACAGAUCGCUAAUCGUGGAGUUUACACAGCCAUAUAUGGAGUCCGGGUUGUCAAUGAUAGUUCCAGCUGAGGUUGAGUCAAACUGGAUAUUUUUGAAGCCAUUCUCCUUGGAAAUGUGGUUGAUGACUGCUGGCAUUUUUAUUUACACAACAUUGAUUGUUUGGUUCUUGGAGGCCCGAUCCAAUGAAGAAGAAUACGGACGCACCCGGAAGAAUCAGAUUAGCACUGCACUUUGGUUCACUUCUUCUACUUUGUUCUUUGCUCAGAAGGAGAAUGUUAAAAGCAACUUCACCAGAGUGGUGGUAGUGGUGUGGAUGGGAGUUGUGUUUGUCUUAACCUCAAGCUAUACAGCUAGUCUUUCUUCACUGCUUACUGUAAAUAAACUGGAGCCAAGUUUUGAAUCCAACAUACGUGGUGUAAAAGUAGGCAGUGAUAGUGAAUCAUUCAUAAAAAAUUAUUUGCAACAAGUACUCAAAAUCAACAAAGAUAACAUCAAUACCUUUACGGGUGAUGACGACUAUGCAGAACAGCUUGACAGCAAGAACAUCAGUGCAGCCUUUCUUGAGCAGCCCUAUGCAAGAAUAUUCAUGAGUCAGAACUGCAAAAAAUACACUAUCGUUACAGACAAUUAUCGAUUUGGAGGUUUAGCCUUUGUAUUCCAGAAAGGGUCCCCGAUAGCCACCGAUGUUUCCAGGGCCAUUCUACAGCUAUCAGAGAAUGGAAAAUUUAAGGAGUUGGAAGAAACCUGGUUUAAGCCCGUGUCCGGGUGCUCAACCAACGGAACAGCCGAGGAUAUUGAGAGUCUGAGCCUCCACAGCUUCUGGGGUCUCUACCUUUUCACCGGCAUUGCUUCUACUCUGUGUGUGCUAAUCUUUAUAGCUUGCUUGCUACCAAAUUUUCCCGGUCAUCAAAGUGAUACAAAUUCAAGUAACGAAAGUAUUUUGAAGAAAAUAGGUAGGUUUGCAAGCUUCAUUCUUAAAGCAGAGUACUCUGUUACUCCAAGAACUGAUGCUGCACCAGGUCAAGCACUGGAUCAAGCACCAGAUACGACAGAAUGCAACUCCAAGAUUUCGGAAUAUGCGAGUUCCAACGGCAGUGCACAGAAUAAUAAGCUCUCCUUACCAGCUGAACUUCAAAUGCUACAGAUUUCCAGAACCUAGAGCUGGCAGGCCAGAGAUGAAUUUUUUUUUUUCACUCUCUAAACACAUUUCAUAAAACUGCCGACUCUGUAGGUGACUAAAGUAAUGUAGUAAUGUACAUCGACGGGAAGGAAAAUAUUUGUAUAGCCGUGGUUCAGCAA